UUCCUGCUGGCAGGGUCCAGCUCCAGACAUCUGUGGAGUUUAAGAACACUAUGGAGCUCAUCAGAGUAUAUCACUGAAGAAUAUGAUGGCUGAAAGCAAUUUAAAAAUGCUAAAGAUUCAACAGUGUGUAGUAGUCAAUAAGCUACCUAGAAACAGGCCACAUAUUUGCAAUAUUUGCUUCAAGUACUUUGAAACACCAUCAAAAUUAUCCAGGCAUUAUCUCAUUCAUACUGGUCAAAAGCCAUUUGAAUGUGAUGUGUGUCAUAAAACCUUUAGGCAACUAGUUCAUCUGGAGAGACAUCAACUAACUCAUAAUCUGCCCUUUAAAUGUAGUAUUUGUCAACGCCACUUUAAAAACCUGAAGACAUUUAUGAAACACCAACAACUUCACAAUGAAACCUACCAGAAUGAUGAACAGGUCAGAAGAUUGUUGGAAGCCAAGCAAGAAAAACCUGUGUAUGGAAUAUAUCAUACUUUCACUGCAGAAGAGAGGUGGGCAUUACGUCCAUGCUCUAAGUCUGAUCCUGCAAAGAAAAAAAAUAUUCACGCAUGUACAAUCUGUGGCAAGAUGUUUCCGUCACAAUCAAAACUUGAUAGGCAUACACUUAUUCAUACUGGUCAGAGGCCUUUUAAAUGUGUCCUGUUCAGUAAAUCUUUCCGACAGUCAACUCAUUUAAAAAUCCACCAGCUCACACAUUCAGAAGAAAGACCUUUUCAAUGUUGCUUUUGUCAAAAAGGAUUUAAGAUUCAAAGCAAACUUCUGAAGCAUAAACAAACCCAUACCAGAAAUAAGACUUUUCAGACUCUUUCAUUAAAGGUGAAGAGUCCAGAAUCAUGCGCCCAGCCUAAUAAAUUAAAUGCAAAGCAGGAUGGCUUUGAAAAUGGUUAUAUAGGCGAUUCCGAAGAGAAUAAUCAACUUGAUGACCACUCUAUUUAUACUGUCCCCUUUCAGUGUUCAGAGUGUGAAGAGUGUUUUGAAUCAGAACAGAUUCUCAAUGGACACAAGUGUUUUCCUGCCAGAGGUGGCAAAAUUCCAAGCAGACUCAAAAGAAGCUACAACUAUAAAACCAUUGUUAAGAAAAUCUUGGCUAAACUUAAACGGGCUGGGGGCAAGAAAUCAGAUAAUUUUCGACCUGAGAAAAAAGCAUUUAAAAAGAGUUUACUGAAAAAUUGUGAUCUUAUGUCUGUUGAGCAGAGUCCUGAGCAAACACAGAGAACAUUUAUGGGUUCUCUUGGCAAACAUGGGACAUAUAAGACAGUUGGCAAUAAAAAGAAGAAAACAUUGGCUUUGCCAUUUUCUUGGCAAAAGCAUUUCCAGAGCCAAAAUAUUGGGAAAAACUUGAAAGGUAUCCUUACAACCGAAAGUGUGUUAACUAUAGAUAAUUCAGUGAAUGAUAAAGACGUAUCCAUCUAUGGUUCAUCAGGUGAGGAAUUCUUUAAUAACUGUGAAGUACUUCAGUGUGGUUUUUCAGUUCCAACUGAAAACUUACAUACUGGACAUAAGAUGUGUCCUUGUGACAAAUGUAAGAAAGUGUUUCCUUCUAUAGCCAAACUACAAAGACAUUAUUUAAUUCAUACUGGACAGAGGCCUUUUGGCUGUAAUGUUUGUGGGAAAUCUUUUACACAGUCAGCUCACUUAAAAAGACAUAAGUUAACUCACAGUGAUAAGAUUCCUUAUAGAUCUCUUUGCCAAGUAGAAUUUGAAAAUUUGAACAAACUUUUCAUUCAUCCAGGUGAUAAUGGUAACUACAAUGCUUCCCAACAAUGCCAGACUCUUGGUUUUCAAAAAUAUGAGGGCCCAGAGUCAGAUCCAAUAUCAGAAAUAAAAGUUAAGUCGGAGUCAGAGGAUUUCAUUCUUGCUACUCCCUAUAGCAACAGGCAGCCCCGUCUCUCCGGAACGCUUCUGGGGCCAGAGCAGAGCCAUCACAGUCGUCGUCGUCAUCACUCGGGGCAAACCGAGAGGAAUGAUGGCCUUCUUUACCAAUGCAGUGUUUGUUCUAAAAGUUUUAGGUCUCCAUCUAAACUGGAAAGACACUAUCUAAUUCAUGCAGGGCAAAAGCCAUUUGAAUGCUCAGUUUGUGGCAAAACAUUCAGACAGGCUCCUCACUGGAAGAGACAUCAACUCACUCACUUUAAGGAGUGACCCUAAGAAGAAAAAGUGGUUGUCUUAAAUUUGGUUAUAUAACCGACAGAACCACUAACACAUUUGAGGGGUCUUUGGUGAUCUUUUUCUCAAAUCCUGUAUCCUUUAAACUGUAUUUUUAUCAAAAGACAGCAUGAGGUUGAGUUACUUCAUAGGCAGUCAUUUGCCAUGCAUAGUACGAGGUAAAAUACAUAGGAAAUUAACACAGUAUUUUGGGAACUGCUAAGUUAAUUUUUAGAGGGAAGAACAUGAUUUGUUGCCAUAAAGUAAGCAUUUGUUUUAAUAUAUACUUUGGUUUUGUUGAAAAUGUAAGUCAUGAUGUGGUACAAAUAAUUCAACCUCAUUUUUUGAAGGGAUUGUUCCUUAAGACAUGCCAUGUCCUAUAUUCAAAAGACUGAGAGGCAAAAAUUGGUUUUGGGCUGCAGCAAAUAGCCCCAGUAUAUUUCAUUUAUUUUACAUUUCACAUGAAAGUUUAAUUUUGUCCACCUGUGGCACAUAUUCUUUUGUAAAGACUUUUUCUGGUAAAGUUAAAAACUGUAAAGGCAAUAAAAGUAAAAAUGGAUGAGAAAAAAAAA